CAAAAGUCCGGGGCGUGUACACUGCUGUUUUGCCACCCCAGCUACUCCAACAAACGACCAGAUCACCGCCUUGCCCCACUUCCACCUUCUUUAGAGGGCAUAUACAGAACGUUCAGAGGCAACAGCCGGUCUAUAUCAGCUUCCAGGCACUGUUUUUCGAGGUUCGCCACCUGCUUUUAGGCAGCAUAUAUCACCAUCACGACCGACAAACACAGCAUAUACCUCCGAUAAACCACUAUGCGUCGCUCAGCAGCACCCUCGCAAGCCACAGCUGUUCGCUCUCAGAACGACAACCCUUUCGGAACACCCAUCGGUGGUAAACUCUCACUUCCCUUCAGAACCCCGCAGCCGAAGGGAUCGACACUAUCUACCCGCGACCUUGCCAUUCCGGCACGAAAGCGACGAAAGGUCAACUACGCUGAAUUGGGUGGAGGACAAGAUACGGAGGAUGGCGGAGCAUACCAGACGACUGAAGAGGAGAAUCGAGCGGCAUUGUUGGAUGUGACUAACAAUUACCCGGUGUAUACCCCGAAGCCAAAAGAGGUGGCAUUCAAGAAACAGUUCUCGACACCGUUGAUUAAGAAGGAGGAUGGACAGUUCAGGCCUCCGCCGCCGAGUUUGGGAAUGAUCCGCAAGGCGAAUUUCGUGCCGAGGCCGUUGCAUGAUCCUGCUGGGGAGUUUGCGAUCGUGUUGUAUGAUCCCACGAUUGAUGACCUCGUCGCGCCGCCGACAGUCGAGGAAGCGACGAAGGUUGAGGAUCUGAAUCUUGCGACGGGGACGGAGGAGGUCGCUGUCGUUCCUGCGAAGAAUGAGCCGAAGGUACAUAGAUCCCUCGCCGAUAUCCUUGGGAUCAAGAAGAAUCAGGAAGCCGAACGGCCGAAGGUUCCAGUCGUUAUCGACCCACGUUUGGCGAAGGUCUUGCGUCCACAUCAGGUCGAAGGAGUCAAGUUUUUGUAUAAAUGUGCUACGGGACGUGUAGUGCAGGGUGCCUAUGGGUCUAUCAUGGCUGAUGAGAUGGGUCUUGGUAAGACUUUGCAGUGUAUCGCGCUCCUUUGGACUCUCCUUCGUCAGUCUCCUGAGGCGGGAAAACCGACGAUCAGUAAGGCUGUCAUUGCAUGUCCGUCCUCGCUCGUCCGUAAUUGGGCAAAUGAGUUGGUGAAGUGGUUGGGGAAGGAUACCUUGACACCACUCGCUGUUGAUGGAAAGGGUACGAAAGAGCAGCUUGUUGAGUCUUUGCAGCAGUGGCGACGAGCGGAGGGUAGGCAGAUCGUGAGACCGGUGUUGAUCAUCUCGUAUGAGUCCCUGCGACUCAAUAUCGCUGAGUUGCAGGGUACGGAGAUUGGGUUGAUGUUGUGUGACGAGGGUCAUCGUCUCAAGAAUGGAGAGUCGCAGACGUUUACGGCACUUGAUUCGUUGACCUGUACUCGUCGUGUCAUUCUCAGCGGUACACCCAUCCAGAAUGAUUUGUCAGAGUACUUCUCGUUGUUGAAUUUCGCGAACCCUGGGUUGCUUGGGUCGAGGAUGGAGUUUAGGAAGAGCUUCGAGAUUGCGAUCUUGAGGGGUCGUGAUGCUGAUGCUACAGAUGCUGAUAAAGCCAAGGGAGAUCAGAAGCUGGCGGAGCUUGGUGCGCUUGUCAAUAAGUUCAUCAUUCGCCGUACGAACGAUAUUUUGAGCAAGUAUUUGCCAGUCAAGUACGAGCAUGUCGUCUUCUGUGGCUUGUCACCGUUACAGGAGAGUUUGUACAAGCAUUUCGUUGCUUCGCCUGAGAUUAAGAAGUUGUUGAAGGGAACUGGAUCGCAGCCACUCAAGGCUAUUGGUAUGUUGAAGAAGUUGUGUAACCACCCUGAGUUACUUGAUCUUCCGAAGGAUCUGGAGGGUUGUGAGAAGCUGUUGCCGGAAGAUUGGGGUGUGGAUAUGGGUGGUGGUGGGCGCGGUGGUCGUGGUGGUCGUAACGGGCCUGAAGUCAAGACGUGGUAUUCCGGCAAGAUGAUCGUGCUGGAUCGUAUGCUUGCACGCAUUCGUGCCGAGACGAACGACAAGAUCGUGUUGAUCUCGAACUAUACCCAGACAUUGGAUUUGUUCGAGAAGCUUUGCCGGAGUCGGAGGUAUGGGUCUCUUAGGCUCGACGGUACGAUGAACGUGAAUAAGCGGCAGAAGCUUGUUGAUCGGUUCAAUAACCCUGAGGGUGAGGAGUUUGUCUUUUUGCUUAGUUCGAAGGCUGGUGGAUGUGGCCUCAACUUGAUCGGAGCAAACCGCUUGAUCUUGUUUGACCCUGAUUGGAAUCCGGCAGCUGAUCAGCAGGCUUUGGCUCGUGUCUGGCGUGAUGGACAGAAGAAGGACUGUUUUGUCUACCGCUUCAUCGCCACUGGUACCAUCGAAGAAAAGAUCUUCCAGCGUCAGUCAAUGAAACAAAACCUCUCCUCCGCUGUCGUCGACAGCAACGAAGACGUUGAACGCCACUUCUCCAUGAAAGACCUUCGCGAGCUCUUCAUGCUCAACCAAGAAACGAUCUCGGAUACGCACGAUACGUUCAAGUGUAAGCGUUGUGUGAAGGGUAAACAGUUUUCGAAGGCGCCGGCGAUGUUGUAUGGUGAUACGAGUAGUUGGAAUCAUUUUACGAGGGAGUGCUUGAAGGGGAUUCAAGAUUUGUUGUUGAGGCAGGAGGCGGAGGAGAAUGUCGUGAGCAUGUGCUUUCAGAAGGACAGAAAGUUCAAGGACGACGAGAUGACUGCUGCGACUACUACCACGACGAUGAACGCGCCGACGGAGCAGGCUCAGCCUAGGGAGAGGAAGUCUGCCGCAAAGAGAUUGUCGAGUAUCUUCUCGCAUGAUUCGGCGACGACGGCGGUGACGGCGAACACUGCGGAGAAGCAGGAGGAUCUGUUUUCGAUCGCCGACCAUCUGGGACGCCUGAAUUCCCCAUCCCUGGCGGAUAAGCAGCGAUUCUUCGCAGACGCAGAGAAGGAGGACACAUUAAAGACCUUGGCAAUGACUGCGAAGUUGGACAGAGCUUUGGAGAGAAGAUUGGGCAACCAAGAUGCGAAGGAGAGGAAGAGUGGGUGUGAUGUGAUUGCGGAGGAGGUUGUGUUGGCGGAGCCUGUGACCGGUGCUGCGCAGCUCUAAACGUGAUGACACGAGAAUGGAUCGGCCAUGGGAGUGAGGCAGCGAGACGAAG